CCUAAACGUCAGUCAUCUGGUAAUUUGUAUACAGUAAACAGCAACAACAACAUACGGCACCGCAUCUGGUCAGUAAUAAGUGAAAAUCGUUAUAAAAUCGCUACUAAACACUACCAACAUGGGUGAACCAGCUAUUGGCGAUUGUAAAGGUGAUGACGGGCCACAAAAUGUGCUGGACGCAUUCCAAGAGAACGAUAAACUGCGUGUAUUGCAGCUGAUAGACGAGCUGCAUGACAAAUCCGUCACGGAGGACGAUUUCGAACAUGCUUACCAGGAAUAUUCCGGGAUAUUUUCCAAGUAUCAGGAACAGCCCCACUUGCUGGAUCGUAGCCUGGAGGAGAUAGUGAACAGAAUCAUUCCAUACUUGCAAGAAUCUGAUGCAGAGCUGCACACCAAACAUCGGGCUGCGAAAUAUCUCUAUCAGAUAUGCAAAGUGCGCACAUUUAAAGCAUUCGUGAAGAAUCUGCCCCACGAAGUGCGUCACUUGCCGUUCGUGUUGUGUUUAGUCGAGCAACAGAAUCUUGAUGAUUGGCAAAACUGGGAAACCCGUUACAUGGGACUGCUGUGGUUAUCAUUGCUAGUGCUCAAUCCAUUCGACUUAAGCCGGCUGGAUACUUCCGAACAGGGACGCCCUACUACCAUGGAACGUAUCUACGAGUUGUGCAAAGCCAACUGCCUGAAGGACGACAGUUGCACACCGGUGGCCGCCUUUCUAGUCGCUCGGUUCGUCAUACGAAACGAUGUAAAGAUGGUGUACUUGGAAAAAAUGUUCGACUGGGCGAUGGGCGUCAAUAAAGAUUACAGUGUUGAUGCUAACAUUGGGCCACUGACGGCGAUUGCUUCCAUCCUAAAGCACGGAAAGCGUGAAGAUCUACUACCCUACGUAAAAAAGCUUAGCAAUUGGGUACUGCACUUGGAGUACGAGACGAUAUCGAAGGAUUUCAAAAUCUACAAAACGUGCAUCAAAAUCUGUCAACGCAUUGGGCUCGUACUGUUGCCACCGAAAAUUGCCAAAUGGCGUUAUCAGCGAGGUGCACGUUCGCUACUAGCCAACGUUCAAAAAACGGUUACUCUCGCCUCCUUGAAAGAGGUGCAACAAACGGAAUCGUUGCCUGAAUGUACGGAAGAGGAGGACGACGUCGAUGAUGAAGAAGUUCCGGGCGAUAUUGAGGAAAUCGUCGAACGACUCUUGCUUGGCUUGAAAGGCAAUUCAACGAUAGUGCGCUGGUCGUCGGCAAAGGGCAUCGGUCGAAUCACAAAUCGACUACCGAAGCUGCUGGGCGAUGAAGUUGUGUCGUCAGUCAUCGAGCUGCUUAAUCCGCUCGAACAAGAUGAUGCUUGGCAUGGCGCAUGUUUAGCAUUGGCAGAACUGGCCAAACGUGGUCUAUUGUUGCCCUCGCGUUUAUCCGAAAUCGUACCACUGCUUCUGCAGGCGCUGGUGUACGACGAAAUUCAAGGUUAUCGCAAUGUGGGACAAAACAUACGAGAUGCAGCAUGCUACAUGAGCUGGGCUUUUGCCAGGGCUUACCACCCAUCCGUACUGCAACCAUUUGUGGAGCGCAUUGCUUCGGCACUGCUAGUGACGGCCGUUUUCGAUCGGGAAAUAAACUGUAGACGGGCGGCUUCUGCUGCAUUCCAGGAGAGCGUCGGCCGGUUAGGAAAUUUCCCGCACGGAAUUGACAUUCUUACUACGGCCGAUUUUUUCUCCGUCGCGGUACGAAGCAAUGCAUUUUUGAGCAUUAGCGAAUACAUCGCAAAGUUUGAGGAAUACAAAUACAACUUAAUAGAUCAUUUAAUUACUCGUAAAAUUAAUCACUGGGACACUAACAUUCGCGAGCUAUCAGCACAAGCGCUUAGUAAUUUGACAAAACAUGCCCCGGAGUAUAUGCGAGAUUCGAUCGUGCCACAGCUAUUUCAGCUGGCCGAGUCAACAGAGCUCAACACGCGUCACGGUGCCGUGUUGGCUUUGGGAGAAGUGAUAAAUGCUUUGCAAAUGCUAAGCUCACCGGAAACUGGCGACGGGCCGGAGAGCUUCAUUAACAAUACAAUCAGCGAACUGGCCGGUCAGCUGAUUGGCAAAUAUCGACUACGUGGACAAUUUAAGGGAAUGAGUGGAACGUACAUGAAACAUGGUUGUGCGAGCUUUAUUCGAAAUUGCAGCGAAGCCAAGCUACCGAUCACGCAGAGAGAAUAUUUAGAAUCAUGGCAACUACUGCUGGAUGAAAGUAUCAUCGACGAAAAGUCAACAACACGGGAACAGGCAACGGCAGCGUUUUCGAAAUUUUGUGAUACUUACUACAAGACGGAACCAGCAGACCGUUUGGGCGGUCUAAUCGAUAACUACAUCCGAGAGAUGCGCGACACGCAGAUUGAACACAAAGCGCAAGGAAUCGUUUCCGCGCUCGGUGCUUUGCCAUUGUUUAUGCUCGAGCUACGGCUGCAAGAAAUCGUAACGGUGAUCGACGUUAAAACGGUUGUACCGGAGAUGUUUGCGGUAGGAUACAACCAUUCGGAACUAAGGCGGGAUUGCAUACGUGCCCUGAUACACAUUGUCCAAACGGUUGGUUUCGCACAUUCGGACAAAUCGAAUGAAAUACUUUGCGGGCCCGCUUUCGGUUGCUAUCUACGUGCCCUCGAAGAGUAUGCGCUGGACAACAGGGGCGAUAUAGGUUCGUGGGUCCGGGAAGCCAGCAUUAAUGCACUCUAUGCUUUUCUGACAAAAUGUCCGCCCGCGCUGCUCACACCACAGCACGUGCAAGAUGCAAUGAUUGCUAUCGCAAAACAGUCGGUCGAACGAAUAGAUAAAAUUCGUGCCGUAGCGGGCAAAACGUUCACCUCACUGAUCUAUCAUGAGCCACCGAUUCCGCACAUAGAGCAUAGGCAGGAACUGCAAAGUAUUUUCCCACGGGACACAACCGAAGUGCUGUGGCUGUUUCCCCACCACACAUUUCCGAUGUUCAUUCAACUUCUAGGCAUACCGGUGUACGUGGAGCAGGUGUCGGCCGGAUUAAUACUAAGCGUCGGUGCACCGACCGAAUCUCUUCACACCUGUGCAUCCAAAACGUUGAACGAUUAUCUGAAGACGCAUCAAACGUUCAUUGAAACGUUCGGUGCGGUUGUGCUGAAAAUUUUGAAGGAAAAAACCAUCAAAGACACCCUCUUUAUAACGUCCACAUUUCAAUUCCUUGCCGAGCUGUUAAACUCGUCGGCGAACGCUAAAGUGCUGCUAGUUUCAGAAGACAGCUCAGUGGAAUUUGCCGAACCCAUCUUUAACCUGGUCAAUGGUUUGAUAACACAAACCAAAAAGCACAUCGAUUCCAUUCCCGUCUAUUGUGCCCUUAUGCUGGCACCGAAAAUCUGCAAACGAGUGCUGAGCAAGCUGGUCGUGUAUUUGGGUAUGGUGUGCGUAAACAUACGGCGUGAAACCGCACUCAAAAUGUACGAAACACUUCUGGUGUACGGUGAUCAAACAUCCAUACCGGAAGAAACGCUCGACGAAGUGUUGGUGUGCCUCAGCGAGGAAAAGUGGGACGGUGAGCUUGAAGAAGCACGCCAAAUACGUAACAAACUUUGUACACUGAUGGGCAUUAAACCACCAGUGACAAAGGUGAAGAAAUAAUUUUCUACCCAAAUAUGGCUGCUUAACUCAUCGUGCGCUUGCGACGCAACAAUUAAUAAAAAUGAAUGCCUUACUUACUAACAUACAAUGUCGCACAUUCAAGGUAAUUCGAAAUAUACGCAUAUAUUAACCUAAUAAUUAUUGAAAUGGUUGUAAAAGAGUUUCAUUUUUCACAUUGCUUCAAUAUCUUUUCGUGAAUUUCAUUUUUGUACUACGUAAAUUCCCUCAAAUUUGCAAAUAAAACAACCCUAUUUUAAAAGCAAGUAACAUUUUGCAAACUGUC